AUGGAAAAUUAUUGUCCAAUCCAGAAAGUCUCUCCUUAUUGUCUGUCAAACGUAUUCCAGUACUUUGAUGCUCAGGAGUUGUGUAGGUAUGCUGCAGUCAGCAAGCAGUUUCAUGAGACUUCUCAGAUAGACUACCUCUGGAAGGCGCUGUCUCAGAACGAAUGCAUCUUCAUUGCCAAGCGCAAAGGCAAAACUUGGAAAGAGUCCUACUUCAGAAAAGUCAUCAACAUCGACAAGAACAUGAGGAUUGGGAGAAGAGACCCCGACACUGAUGCUACAGUCUACAACUAUGAAAUGGCUCCGAUCAGGGAGCAUGAUGCCCUGAUCAAGCAGGUAGAGAUCCAUGGGCAUCUGGUGAUAUCUUUGGACAUGGAUGGGUACAUCACGCUGUCAUUCAUAUCUUAUGCAGACCAAGAAGAGUACAAGGCUCACAAGAUUGAAGAGUUCGCUCAGAGGCAUGUGUGCAGGUUCCACUACGACGAAUCUGACAGAUCUCUGCUGGUGGUCGAAAACAGAAUUGACAAAGUGGGACUGUGUCUGUACCAACUCAGCAUUGACGAAGACACAGAGUCAGCUACUGUAGCCUCUACAGUUUAUAGCGGUGAUAUUGAUAUCAAGCUUGACCCGAACUGCAUUGUGAGAGUGUUCAACAAGUUCUUGGUACUGUGCCCAGACUACAGGAUUGAUCGUUCAUCUGAGUCGUCCAACAUAAUCUACAUAGCUGAUAGAGGCACCGGAGACUUGCUCAGAAGUAUUGCAAGUGAUUCUGCGCUUGACGACAUGGACAUCGACACUGGAGCAGAAGAUGCAUCGAUCGAUGUGUGGAAGCAUUUCGGCCAAGACGCUCUCAAGCUCAGUGUGGGCUUCGACAGGAUCAACGAUGUGAUACUGCUGCCAGACUCCUUGUGCAACAUCGAUGUGUUCAGCACUCAGAAUGGCAAGUUCAUUGUUAAAGUUUGAGUCAAAGAACACAGAACUGAGGAUCCUGAAGACAGGCUCUCCAACGAUAUAGGAGAGAGCAUUUUUAGCAUAACUGUCAAAGAAAGCUUUAUUUAUGUUGCUACAAACUUGUAUCUGUAUGUGCUGGACAGAAUAACUUACAAAGUGUUGACUGCAAUGAAGUUGCAAGGCACCCCAGUCAAAGUCAAGUUCUUUCCAGUGUCCAGAAUCGAAGUUGAAAACAUUAGAGACAAUAAAGAUGAACUCUUUAUUUCGAAGGUCAUUCUCGGGUUCUCUGACAGACACUCUUUGGCUUGGAAUUCAUUCUAUCACACAAUCGCACAAGAAGAAGCCAAAGAUGAGCAAGCCAGAGUCACCACCACGGCCAUACAUAGCUUAAAAUAAAGUAUCAGAGGGAGUCCUUGAGCGAGGAGAUGGCGCACACUAUCCUUGGGGGCUAAGAAGACCUAUCUUCAAUAACAUCCAAGCCUCAGAACAUGUGAAUAGCGUUGACAUCAACAACGCCAUUGCAGCCUGAGCUGCCAAAGAUAUGAAGGUGAGCAUCAUUGACCUGGAGAGCGGGCAGAAGCACUCGAUCCCUGCAGGGUCACGUGUGGUGAAGAGUUACAAAGAACAUCCAUCGAAGCCAGGAGUUUCGGAAAUCAAGAUAUCUGAAGACAAAGUGCUACUGGUGCUGGGUAACAUCAUGCGGGUGUAUUCAUUUGAUGUAGACAUAUAG